AUGGAUCCCAGCCAGGAUCCCAGCAAGAACCCGCGGGCGCUGAUCGUGACCCCAGAGGACGUCGCGAACGUCGAGAUGUUGGAGGAGGCGGCGAGGAAGCCCCUCCCGCGUCUCGACGACGUCGACCCGCUGGUGGAGGACAACGUCGUCCUCGAGGACGGCCUCGCCGCCGUCGAGCCGCUGCAGAAGCUCGUCGUCCUCGACGACGGCCUCGGCGGCCGGCCCUAUAUUAGGGCCCGGUCGCCGGGGUCGGAGUCGUCCGGCAACGAGUGGGUCGACGAGCACGACGUCCUCUGGGGGGACGCGGCCAUGGAGGAGAGGAGGAGAGCGAGAAGGCGCCGCCAGAGGCGGGCUGCCGGCGAGAAGCCGGCUCAAGCGGCUGGGUCUGGUGCGGCGGCGGCGGCGGCGGGUGGCGCUGCUGCUGCUGCUGCUGCUGCCGCCAGGCCCAAGCCUGAGCCCAAGCCCCAGCGCGAGCCCAGGGACGACUGGCGCUUCCUGCCCCCGCCCGUCAUCGGCAGGGCGUAUGCCGAGGAGCAGCGCCUGGCUCGGGACGCCUGGGAGAGCCAGAAUGGCCGGAGGGGCUUCUCUAUGCCCUCGACGGCCACGGGCGAGCCCAUCGUCGGCUUCGCCAUCCCCCUACCCCCGCCGCUCGGCCAGCAGCCCGAGGACGAGGUCGACGAGUUCAUCUCAGGAGAGCUCGUCCUAAAACGAGCAAGAUAUACCACCACCACCGCCGACGCGACUCUCUCGGCCAGCUCCUCCUUCGUCAACAUCUCGUCAAGACCAGUCGCCGGAUGA